AUGUCGACCUCGGAGACGCCUCACCAGGAGAAUGAUCUGUUGUGGAUAUUUGUCAUCAUCUCAGCUGUCACUUUGCUCCUGUAUGCUCUCCUCUUGCUGUCACUUUACUUCAUGCUCAGCAGGAAAAUAGCCCAGCAUUCCCAUGGGAUGCAGGGGUCCAGCAGCCCUGUGGCACAGCCCACCCCGGAUCCCACCCCAUCAGCAGGAGGGGCCAAGGCACAACAACCAGCACCAGCCUAUGCAGGGAGCAGCGACACCUCCUCGGACACCUCCUCGGACUCAUCUGACAGUCCUUCCUGCCCACAGGGCCAAGGCUCAGGAGGAAACAUCAACUACACAUCCCUGGUCUUCCCAGGGAAAGGCCGUGGGGCAGAGUCUGCCAAGGAUUAUGAGAACAUGAAGACUGGGACUGACUAUGUCAACGUGGACCCCAAGAAGAAGAAAGCACAUCUCUGGCCCUGCUCCAGCCCCGUGGCAUCCAAGCCUGUGGAGUACACUGAGGUGAAGCUGUGA